AUGGAGACACCGUCUCACACUGCCCACGCGGGCCAUUCCCGCCGUGAGCACACUAGCGGAUAUCUUCCUAUCGAAGACUACGGAAUGAUCGGAAACAUGCACACUUGCGCUUUGGUUGGCAUCGAUGGUAGCAUUGAUUACAUGUGUUGGCCGGACUUUGACUCACCGUCUGUGUUCUGCCGGCUUUUGGACAAGGACAAGGGUGGCCAUUUCAACAUUUCACCUCCAUCAGAGCUCGGAUGUACCACUAAGCAGCAAUAUUUACCUUCGUCGUGCAUUUUACAGACUCGCUCUAUCCACGAAGAUGGCGUUGUGGAUCUCAUCGACUUCUUCCCACGCCCCAAGAGCACCAAGGUCGUCUCCCGCAGUACAAGCGACCAAGGCUUGUUCCACGCUGCCAGCGUGCAAGCUGAGCUGAAGAAGUGGCUUGUCCGCCGAGUGGAGUGCGUCCGAGGCUUUCUGACUAUUGAUGUGGAAAUCUUCCCCGCGUUUGGCUAUGGCCAAGAGAUCCAUGUCACCACCGUCCACCAAGACACGCUGCGCCCAGCGGCCGAGGAGAGCAAGGUCGCCAUAUUCCACAGCAAAGAUGUCAAGCUGCAGCUCGAUGUGGUAGCCGAGAGUGUCAACGGAAAAACACGCCCCAACAUCAGCUUCACCAAGCAGCGGCGAAAUGGAAUGCUUGGCGAGGGUCUUGUUGCUCGCGUUGAAAUCAGAGCGGGCGAGGCUCUUUCGUUUAUAAUUCGCAACGACAUUGCUGAUCAUGUGGAUGAAGUUAUUACGACCGAACUGUUAGAUAUGCAGCAGCACGACACCCAGGUCUUCUGGCAGGAUUUUAUUGCUCAGUCCAAGUACACUGGCCGAUGGGUGGAGGUGGUUUCUCGCAGCCUCAUGACUCUCAAGAUGCUGACCUUUGAGCCCACCGGUGCCAUUGUGGCUGCGCCCACAUUCUCCAUACCCGAGCACAUUGGAGGCAGCAGGAAUUGGGACUACCGCUAUUGCUGGGUUCGCGACUCGAGUUUUACCAUUUAUAUACUGCUUCGUCUCGGCUUCAAGGCUGAAGCAGACGCGUACAUGGGAUUCAUCAUGGAGCGCCUCCAGAGCCGGGGCCCCGACGAUGCGCUUCCCAUUAUGUUCACAAUCCGCGGUGAGACUGACAUUCCCGAGUUCACACUCGACCAUCUUGACGGAUACCGAAGCAGCCGACCUGUUCGAAUUGGCAACGGCGCUGCAUUUCAUAAGCAAUUUGACAUUUAUGGCGAGCUAAUGGAUGGGAUUUAUCUCUAUAAUAAAUACGGAAAACCAGUUCCUUGGGACCUCUGGGUAGCUGUUCGGGACUUGCUGGAUUACGUCUUGACCAUCAAAGAUGAGCCCGAUAACUCCAUCUGGGAAGUGCGCAACCAGCGCCAGCAUUUUACCUACUCGAAAAUCAUGCUUUGGGUGGCUUUCGACCGCGGCUUGCGCCUCGCUGAGAAGCGCUGUUUUCCUUGCCCCAACCGCGCCAAGUGGACGGAAGCAAGAGACAGCCUUUGCGAGGAAAUUAUGGCCAAGGGCUACAACAAAGAAUUACAAUGCUUCGUGCAGAGCUACGAGAACAACACUAUGCUCGACUCGUCGAUCCUUAUUGCGCCACUCGUCUUUUUCAUUUCGCCAUGCGACCCCCGAUUCACAAGAACACUUGACAAAAUCCUACUCCCUCCGGAGCAGGGCGGUCUUACAAGUACCGGCCUUGUCUAUCGCUACGAUACUGAGCUGUCCGAUGAUGGCGUUGGAGGUCGGGAAGGCGCCUUUAGCAUGUGUACGUUUUGGCUCGUCGAGGCCAUGACACGCGCCAGUGUGUACGAGCCCAAAUACCGUGGCCUCGCCCUGAACUUGUUCCAAAAUAUGCUGAGCUUCUCAAACCACUUGUCCAUGUUCUCAGAAGAAAUUGCGCGCAGCGGAGAGCAGCUCGGCAAUACACCACAGGCGUUUAGUCACCUUGCUCUUAUCAGUGCUGCGUUUAAUCUGGACAGGGCAGCGACGUUUUGGAAGGAUUAG